AUGAAGUUUUUUUCAUACCUUUCUUCAUACCGUGGAUGUGAAGUGCUGGGGUAUGGGCUGCUCAGUGCUCGACUUCCAAUUAAUGAUGACGGUCCUGGCGUUCCGCGCGGCGUUAGGACCAUGGAUUCAUGGGCGAUGCUGGGUGGCACCACGGGCAGACCACGUUCUCCAAAGCUGAUUAGGACUACGCUGGUCUUUGGAGGUUGUGUUUCGCGGAAGCUUGGUGCGGAGUGA